AUGGAUAGGGUGAAGUUGCCUGCUUCGAUGGGUCUUUACCGUGAUGUUAUGUCGUUGAAUACGGCUCGAGGGGGCGAGGGUCGUUCUAUUGGGCUUGGCCUUGAGCAGGAGGGUAAGCCUGAGGCGAAGACCGAGAGGGAGACAUCGACGGAAGAUGACCAAAAGAGCUUGGAGGUUGAAGAGUACGAGAAACGGUUGGAACAAGCGAUCAAGAUUUUCGAGAGUGCACCGAAGCAUUUCCUGCAGUGA